AAAGCAGCAAGCGCCAGACUGCUGCCGAAGCGACAGAGCCCACCUCGACAUGAAGGUCUUCUCCUUGGCCCUGGUUUCUCUGCUUCUUGGUGCUCUCUGGACUGAAGCCCAGGGCAAGACCUACGGCGUCCCCACCUCCUGCUGCUUCAGCUACCAGUCCAAGCCCGUCCCGCGGGGCAUCAUCGCCUCUGCCUACGUCACGAGCAGCAGCUGCACCCAGCCGGGAGUGAUCUUCGUCACCAAGAAGAAGCAGGAGAUCUGCGCCGACCCCCAGGUCCCCUGGGUCCGGGCACAUCUCAAACACUUCCACAAGAAGCAGGACUGA